CCCAGCUGAGCGUCCAGCUCCCGCUGCCCACCACCAGGCUACGUAACUCCGCUGGCCCGGUGGCCCACAGGUUGGGAAGAAUUUCCAGAACUGCGCCCCGGGAUGGGGCAGGUGCUGCUGCGGCCGCCGCCGUGGCUGCUCUGGUUGCUGCUGCUUCCUUGGCUCUUCAUCCCUCGGCUUUCGUUGGGCUCUCUGGCCGAGGAGAGGAAAGAAUCCAUGCCCAGCCUGCCAUCCCCAGGAGACCUGGCUGACAUUGUGCCACCUGCCUUUCCCCCCACCAAUGGGACCCAGCCUUUUAUGGUGCUGCCAGUAGUUCUCCCUGGAAGAUCCCACACAGGAAACGCAGCCCUUCCCAGCGUGACCUCAGCCGGCUCCAAGCUCAUACCACCUCUUGCAUUUGAUCACACAGUUAGCCAUAUAAUACUUUCUGAACACAAAGAUGUCAAGUUUAACUGUUCAAUCAGCAUACCUAACACGUACCAGGACACCCAUAUUUCUUGGUGGAAAGAUGGGAAGGAGCUGCUUGGGGCACAUCAUGCAGUGACUCACUUUUAUCCAGAUGAGGAAGCCACAGCAGUGAUUGCGUCCUUCAGCAUAACCAGCGUGCAGCAUUCAGACAGUGGGUCAUAUGUCUGUAAGAUGAACAUAAACAACGAAGAUAUUGUGUCUGACCCCAUCUACGUUGAAGUACAACGACUUCCUCACUUUACCAGGCAGCCUGAGAGCAUGAACGUCACCAGAAACACUGCCUUCAACCUCACCUGUCAGGCCGUGGGUCCACCAGAGCCUGUCAGCAUUUUCUGGAUUCAAAACAGCAGCCGUGUGAAUGAAUGGCCUGAAAAAUCCCCAUCUGUGCUAACUGUUCCUGGUCUGACCGAGACGGCAGUCUUCAGCUGCGAGGCCCACAAUGACAAGGGGCUGACCGUGUCCAAGGGCAUACAGGUCAACAUCAAAGUCCUGCCUUCCCCACCAGCUGAAGUCAGCCUUCACAACAAGAGCGCACAUGGCCUCCUCAUCUCCUGGGUCCCGGGCUUUGAUGGAUACUCUGAGUUCAGCAAUUGCAGCAUUCAGGUCAAGGAAGUUGAUCCUCUGAGUAAUGGCUCCAUCAUGAUUUUUAACACCUCUGCUUCUCCACCUCUGUAUCAAAUCAAGCAGCUGCGAGCUCUGGCUAAUUACAGCAUUGGCGUGUCCUGCAGGAAUGAGAUUGGCUGGUCUGCGUGGAGCCCUUGGAUCCUGGCCAGCACGACCGAAGGAGCCCCAUCGGUAGCACCUUUGAAUGUCACUGUGUUUCUGAAUGAAUCUGCUAACAAGCUGGAUGUCAGGUGGAUCAAGCCUCCAAUUCAGCGGCAGAACGGGGACCUGGUGGGCUACCGGGUGUCCCACGUGUGGCAGAGUGCCGAUGCUUCCAAAGAGCUGUUUGAAGAAGUCGGUCAAAAUGGCAGCCAUGCGCAGAUUCCUGUUCAAGUCCACAAUGCCACAUGCACAGUGAGGGUCGCCGCUGUCACCACAGGAGGGGUCGGACCUUUCAGUGCCCCAGUGAAAACAUUCGUCCCUGUACACGGUUGGGUAGACGUUGCCCCCUCGUCAACUCCAGCACCUGGCAACACAGACCCCGUGCUCAUCAUCCUUGGCUGCUUCUGCGGACUUGUUCUGAUUGGGCUGCUUUUGUAUGUUUCUCUGGCCAUCAGAAAAAGAGUCCAAGAGACACGGUUCGGGACCGCCUUCACGGGGGAGGAUUUGGAACUGGUCGUCAAUUACACAGCAAAGAAGUCCUUCUGUCGGCGAGCCAUCCAACUCACCUUACGCAGCUUGGGAGUCAGCGAGGAGCUGCAGAAUAAGCUGGAAGAUGUUGUGAUUGACAGGAACCUUCUAAUUCUUGGGAAAAUUCUGGGUGAAGGAGAGUUUGGGUCUGUGAUGGAAGGAAGUCUUACUCAGCAAGACGGAACCUCCCAGAAAGUGGCCGUGAAGACCAUGAAGUUGGACAGCUUUUCUCAGCGAGAGAUUGAGGAGUUCCUCAGCGAGGCCGCCUGCAUGAAAGACUUCAGCCACCCAAAUGUCAUCCGGCUCCUAGGUGUUUGUAUAGAAAUGGGCUCUCAAGGCAGCCCAAAGCCCAUGGUGAUUUUACCCUUUAUGAAGUACGGGGACCUGCAUACCUAUUUACUCUACUCCCGACUGGAGGCGGGAUCAAAGUAUAUUCCUGUGCAGACACUGGUGAAGUUCAUGGUGGACAUCGCCCAGGGGAUGGAGUAUCUGAGCAACAGGAAUUUCCUUCAUCGAGACUUAGCUGCUCGAAACUGCAUGUUGCGAGAUGACAUGACUGUGUGUGUUGCGGACUUUGGCCUCUCUAAGAAGAUUUACAGUGGUGAUUACUACCGCCAGGGCCGCAUCGCUAAGAUGCCUGUGAAGUGGAUUGCAAUAGAGAGCCUCGCGGACCGAGUCUACACCAGUAAAAGUGACGUGUGGGCAUUUGGUGUGACCAUGUGGGAAAUUGCAACUCGGGGAAUGAUGCCCUACCCCGGAAUCCAGAACCAUGAGAUAUACGACUAUCUUCUCCAUGGCCACAGGCUGAAGCAGCCAGAGGACUGCCUGGACGAACUGUAUGGAAUCAUGCACUCCUGCUGGAGGGCGGAGCCCUUGGACCGGCCCACCUUUUCUAUGUUGAGGCUGCAUCUGGAAAAGCUCUUAGAAAGUUUGCCAGAAGCGCAGGACAAAGCUGAGGUCGUUUACAUCAACACCCAGUUUCCAGAGAGCGGCGAGGGCCUGGCAGAGGGCCCCGCGCUCACGCAGCUGGACAUGGACAUCGACCCGGACUCCAUCAUCGCUGCCUGCACGUCCCGAGCUGCAGUCAGCGUGGUCACGGCACAGGUGCACGAGAAUGGACCUCAGGAGGGAAGGUACAUUCUAAAUGCGGGCAGCGAGAACUGGGAAGACCUGGCUUCUGCCGCCUCAGCAACAGGGACAGUGGGCACCAGCGGUGUUUUCCUGGAGGACAGGCCUGUAAGGAAUGGGGUCUCCUGGUCCCAGUGCAGCACGCUACCCUUGGGGAGCCCACCGCCAGAUGAACUUCUGUUUGCGGACGACUCCUUGGAAGCCUCAGAAGCCCUUGUGUAAGGAGAUCCGACUGACAGUCCCAAACCAGAGAGCUUCCUCUGCCUCCGAGACCCUCCUGCACCCGGAGUUUCUGGUGUCUGUCUUCCUCGCCAAGUGAACGCCACGGCCCGGAAGCACCCGAUGAUUGUUGUUAAGUGCGUCGUCGUUAAAAACACACAGUAUUUAUUUAAAGAGAAAAAUAUGUAUGUAUAUGGUGGAAAGAGAUAUAGAUACUAUAUUUUAAUAAGAGAAGACUUAUUUUAUGUCACUUAUCUUGCAGAUUUUAAAAUUUAAGCUUUAACAGCUUCAUCUCUAGAGCUGCUCCUUGAUGUUAACAUUUGCACAAAGUUUUUUUUUAAAGUUCUCUAUCUUUUUUCUGACUAUUAAAUGUAAAACUAUUUGUAAAAUGAAAUGUCACAUUUGACACAGUUUCUGGUCUUAAGAAAAAUCUGAUAUUCUUUUGUGAAUCAUCUGUUUGAUAAGAAUGACUUUUGAUAUUUAAAGUUUCAUAACUGAUUAAUUCUUUGAUACAACUCUCUAAUAAAAUACGAAUGAGGAA